AUGUGGAGGAUCCAGGCCAGGUCCAUCUUCACGUCGAAAAGUAAUACUGUCCUCUCGCCCGUGAACCUUCCAGUUCUAGUCAGUCUGCACCAGCACUAUGCCCUGCUUGCCUCCCCUGAGUGGCAGGAGAUUACGAAAACUUUGACCUUGAUUUCGCCCGGCUCGCACUCGGACGCUAGCUCGCUCACGAUCUGCCAUGCCAUGAUUUCCGAGUUCUCACCUAACCCCGGAGCCUUAGGGAACGGAGCGCCCGUUACGGGGACGGCUCUUUACCUGACUGCGGACCCCGUGGCUCGGGAGAAGACGUGGGCACUGUGGACCGGUAUUGGUGCCAAUGUGCCUGGCUGCAAUGGUGUUACGGACGGGUGGAUGGUGGAGCCGGAUGAUGGCUACAGCCCCUGCUUUGUGGUUUAUUUGGACUAG